AUGCCAUUGCCCAUCGAGCUCGUACUCAACGUAAUUCAUUGUUUGCUCCCAAGCAACCCUGACGUCUUUCUCCCAUCCUCCCACCCAAUCACAAAGACGUUAUUAUCCUUCACCCUAGUGUGUCGGGAAACAUGUAGAGUUGCUUCCCGCUACUUGCGCCAGUAUUGUGUCUACCUAUCGUCCGGGCCUCGACUUCGUGCCUUCCUCCUAGGGAUUCCAACAGAUCCAGAGUUGCGGAAUACGACUGCUCUCGUACUGGCUCCAUUUGGCAACACCAUUGAUGAUCAACCAACCGCUACCUGGGUUCGGGAACUGUUCUUCUACACAUGUUCGAGCCUCACGCGCCUUAUUAUUGAUAUUCCUCUACGUAGCUUGUACCCGGAGCACGACCACCUCGAUGUCCGCCGCAUUCUACGGGCGGGCUUCUGUCGGCUAGAGAAUCUUGAAGAAUUCGUUAGCGUGCGAGAUGAACUCUUCCUUGACCUGACACAUCACGGUAGCGAACCUUCAGUAUGGCAAUCGUGGCCCAAACUCCGACGCCUGGGAUUGUACAAUGUUGACGCUGAUAUGGGUUUCUGGCUUAACAUUGCGAAAAUGCCCCACUUGGAGACCUUAGUCCUAACACGUGCGGACUCGCUCUCGGACGUCGACAUUAAACAUUCCCUCUUCCUCAAUGCUAGCCCAAACGCCGACCUUCGUCUAAAAAUCCUCAUUAUAUAUAUCGGGGAAGACCCGAUACUACCCCUACACCUGGCCCAGAUUCCUUGGAGCAAAAUAGAUCCAGGUGGAAAGGUUACAGUUAUGCUGUACAAGAUAGGGACGUUCUGUCCCGGAGACGUUUCUAUUGAAACAUGCCAAGAGUGGGUAAGGUCGAAGGCUGAGGAUGGGACUCUGUGGGAUCUCGGUGGGGAAGUGGUUGCUCCUCAUGAAAAUUUGUGA